UGUGUGAGAGAGUGCAUGUAUUUGCCUGUAGUAAGCAAUGAUGGCAGAAAGCAGCAUAUCCUAACCACCACCCAGGGUGCAAGCUACUUAGUGUAUGGAGAGGAACCCCUGGAAGUUGCUAAUGCGGCUACUGCUUCCCAACCCAUAUCUGCCACUGCCAACGUCACCCACCACCACCACCCAGGAGUUGGGCGCACCACAUCAGAAGACUCUACAACACAGACCAUUAAUGAAGGACGGCCUCCAUUACCUCCUGUGUCUCAUAGUCAGGAGCACUUCGGUGUAGUUCAGGGAAAGAAGAUCUCCCUUCGAGGUGGAGGGCCAAGUCUACGAUGCAAAGCAGACAUGAAGAGCCGCCUGGAAGAAGCCAUCAUGGGUCAGAAUUCUGCACGUUCGGAAAUGAUGCUCCGACGUCGAGGUAACACUCCUUCCAACACCCCUCAUGUUGUUGGAUUAUCACAGUUCUACAUCCAGGGAGCAGAGCGCAACCCACCGUCUCCUUCUGGAACUGGUGAGCGACUCCGUUGGCGCAAGGAGACCUUCCCUUGGCGCCACCAACAGCAGGAUACGGAACGGUCAACUCAUCAGGAGUUAGAACAGGAAUCACAAGUUGAGGGCCAUCUGGCGAGUGAAGCUAAUAUGAUCAUUCUCGACACUUUGGAGAACAUUGUACAGGUGGUCACAAAUGCAGAUCACCUCCAGGGUCUGCUAAGUGUGGUAUUCAGAGUACUGCUUCAUGCUCUUGCUUCAAACCAGUCAACUACAUCACUGACAAAUAUGUUCAACACUCAGCGAGCUCUGGUUGCCAAGUUCCCAGGGCUCCUGUUUGAUGAGGAAACAGAGCAGUGUGCAGACUUGUGCCUGCAGCUUCUGAAGCACUGCUCAUCUUGCAUCUGCACAAUACGAUCCCAUGCUGCAGCAUCUCUAUACCUACUCAUGAGGCAUAAUUUCGAGAUUGGCAACAACUUUGCCCGAGUAAAAAUGCAGGUUACUAUGUCUUUGAGUUCGCUGGUGGGAACCUCACAAACCUUCAAUGAGGCUUAUCUUCGACGUUCCUUGAAGACCAUCCUUACUUAUGCAGAGGAAGAUGCUGACCUGCAAGAUACUUCUUUCCCUGAACAGGUUCGAGAUUUAGUGUUCAACUUGCACAUGAUCUUGUCUGAUACUGUCAAGAUGAAAGAGUACCAAGAGGAUCCUGAGAUGCUGCUUGACUUGAUGUAUAGAAUAGCUCGAGGCUAUCAAAACUCCCCAGACCUGCGCUUGACUUGGUUAGCCAGCAUGGCUCAGAAGCACAGUGAGAGAGUUCAGCAUGCUGAAGCUGCCAUGUGCCUGAUCCACAGUGCAGCUCUUGUGUCAGAAUACUUAUACAUGUUGGAGGAUUGUCCUCACCUUCCAACUGGAGCUGUUACCUUCUGUAAACUUUCACCAAAUGUUUUAGAGGAAAGUGCAGUGUCUGAUGAUGUUUUAAGCCCAGAUGAAGAGGGUAUAUGUACAGGAAAGUACUUCACAGAAAAUGGUUUAGUUGGGCUUUUGGAGCAGGCAAGCUCUUCUUUGCAGCAGGCUGGUAUGUUUGAAUGUUUGAAUGAGGUCUACAAGAUCUUAACUCCCAUUGCUGAGAAGAACAGAGAUUGGAAGAAGCUGAUCAACAUCUACUCAAAACUUCACGACGCUUUUUCAAAGAUUGAUGCACUAGAGGGAAGAAGAAUAUUUGGAACAUACUUCAGAGUUGGUUUUUAUGGAUCCAAGUUUGGUGAUCUUGAUGGGGAAGAGUUCAUCUACAAGGAACCUAUGCUUACCAAGUUACCUGAGAUAUCUCACAGAUUAGAGGCCUUUUACAGUGACCGUUUUGGUGCAGAAAACAUUUUGAUGAUAAAGGACAGUAACACAGUCGAUGCCACCAAACUGGAUUCCGACAAAGCUUGUAUCCAGAUCACUUACGUUGAGCCUUAUUUUGAUGAAUAUGAAUACAGGGACAGAGUUACUUCUUUUGAGAAAAAUUAUAACAUUAAACGGUUCAUCUUCUCAACGCCAUUCACACCUGAUGGGAGAGCGCAUGGAGAGCUUCAUGAGCAAUAUAAGAGGAAGACCAUCCUGACAACACAGCAUAUGUUCCCAUAUGUGAAGACUAGGAUCCAAGUUGUUGACAGAAUGUCUUGGGUGUUGACUCCAAUUGAAGUUGCUAUUGAAGACAUACAGAAGAAGACAAAGGAGUUAUCUGCAGCCAUCAACCAAGAUCCUCCAGAUCACAAGAUUCUACAGAUGGUGCUUCAGGGGUGCAUUGGAACAACGGUGAAUCAGGGACCAAUGGAGGUUGCUCACAUUUUCCUAUCAGAUCUGGUUGACAGCAGGAAGCCCCCUAACAGACUUCAAAAUAAACUUCGACUCUGUUUCAAGGACUUCUCCAAAAAAUGCCAAGAUGCAUUACGGCGGAACAAAACACUGAUUGGCUCUGACAUGAGGGAGUACCACAGGGAGCUGGAGAGGAAUUAUAACAAAUUUAUUGAAGGUUUAUCACCAAUGAUUACGGUCAAUCAUCUUACCAGACAAAUGAGAGUGACUUCCUGGCAUCACUCUUCUGGGAGCACGAGCUCAGUGGAUACUCUGGUGUCGGGAGGCUCUGCAGAUUCUGAUCCAGGGCUAGCCUCUGGAACGGAAUGCUAGGGAGGCUGGCGUGUAGUAUUCACACUUUAGUCAGGGUUGCACAUGACUGUGACCAGGGAACAUCAUAGUUAAGGCGGCUGUGAAGUUAGCUGGCGCUUUUGGUGCUUGGAGGUGGAAGAAGCAGGUUCCGGCAGUGAUUAGAUCUCGGCUUUUCCUAAAAGGUGCUCGUCUCAAAGAUUCCAAAAAAUCCUGGAUUUAAAUUGUAAUGAUCUUUAUGCAGUAUUUAUAAUCUAGUUUUGUUUAAAUCCAUAAUCUCGUAAGAUAUGAGACAAGGUGCAUUACCACUGAAAUUGUGGAGGGGGGGAUGAAUUACUUAAUGAUAAAGGGGCACAAGAAACAGCUUUAGAAUGAUUUAUAUAUACAUAUAUUCAAAGUCAUAUAAAUAGUUUUAGUAUUAUUGUAUCAUCCAGUAGUAAGUCAUCUUGUAUAGCUUUUUUUUUUUAUACUUAUACAGCGUUUUUGUGUGACGUUAAUGGAGUAAUAUUGUCAAUAUUUUAAAUUAAAUUUUGGUAAGCUUUCCAGUACUUGUAAGGUAAUUAUUUUUUUAUGAUUAUUGUAUUGUUGCUUUUCAGUGUUGAUAUUGAUUAUUAUUAUUAUUGUGAUUAUUAUUAUUGUAAUUAUUAUUAUUAUUAUUGUAAUUAUUAUUAUUAUUAUUUUUAUUAUUAUUUUAUUAUUAUUAUUGUGAUUAUUAUUAAUGUUGUUAUCAUUAUUGUUAUUAUUAUCAUUGUUAUUGUUAUUAUUAUCAUUAUUUAUUGAUUUGUUUUUAUGUUUAUGAUACUUGUUAUUAUUAUUGAGCAUUUUUUUUUGUAAUUUUGACAUUUUAGCAAAAAGUCGUAAAUAGUUUAGAUGAAAAAGUUUCUUUUACAAACAAAAAAAUAUUUAUCCCAGUUCUUUUUUCUUUGCUUGAAAGUUUGUCUAUCAUUAAGUAGCAUUCAGCAGAAAUGUAUACUGACUUGCGACAAAUAAGAAAUAUAAAUUCAGUUCAAAUGUAAGAGUGCACACUCUUGUAGAACAUUAGCUUUAUAUUGUAAGCAGUAUUACAGCAUCUGAUGAUUCCUUAUAAAUGAUUCCAUUUUAUGGUAUAUUCUAUUACUUAUAUGUUAUAUAUUUCAUGUGAGUCUCAGUUAUAUUUAUAUGUCAAAAUGAAUAAUAAAAUUUUGAUGUCUC